AGUGCACAAGGUCACUUGGCUGUCAAGGUUGUCUUGUACUUUGGAAUAUGUAAAUGCUUAUUUAGUUUGUUUGACUUACUGAUACUUCAUCAUAUGUACAUAAUGCAUCCAUUUGUUCAUGUGUCUCCAGAAAAGUCCAGUGAGAGGAAUCUUGUUACCAGUGUAAUAGGUGCUCUAAGUGAUUAUAUGCCCAGGAAUCAGUAUCGUACGUGUGGCUCCACAGAACAGGUGUUUAGCGUGAAAUUUGAGGAAUGUGAUGCAAGCAAAUAUAACCCAGCCUACUCUACUGUUCUAUCUCUAGUCACUUGUAAAGGAUCAUACAUAUGGGGGAUUUCGUUUGGCGGUAAUGCUACACUGCUGUAUGCGGAGAGAAAUACAUGUACAAUAGACUUGAAGCUGCUUCCUACUCCUUCACAUACUGGUGAUUCCUUGUUUUCCAGCAGACCGCUUAUGGCUAUCUGUGAUACUUUCAGUUGUGCAUCUUCUCAUUGGCAGGUGCGGUUUAUUUCUUUGUGCAAUCGCAAUGUAGUUUUGUCGUACUACUUAGAGUCAAAAGCGCUCUCAGUAGAUGCAAACGACAGAUUUGUUGUAGUAACACGAACUGAUUCAAUAACAGUAUUCUCAGCACUAACUCUUACAGAACUCUAUACGAUAGCACAUGUUAAAUCAACACUUUGGUCAGACCUCUUGCCGAAAAGCGUACCUUCUUCACUUGGAGUCCGUUGGUUGGCCUUCGCAGAUUCCAAGCCUGUCUACCAACAUCUGUCCCGAUGUGGCGACGCAAGUACAGAUGAGUCACAACCUUUAACUACAACAGUGUUGAGUAUGAAUAAGCGUCUUUGGGAAGGGAUUUCAGCCCUGGCUACUUCAGUUGUUUCUAGUUCAUUGGGUCCAAAUCCACCAAAUUUGCGGAAUAAUCAUCUUGAUUCUCAACAUCAAGUCCCACAAACAACUUUAUCAGAUUCAUUUCCACAACAUGGAUCUAGUCUAAUUACUUCAGAGGUGAAUAACUCAUCUAUAUCGCCCGGUUACGUAACAAUAAUUGAUUUGCAUACAUUAAAUUGUGAACAUGCAACUUUGCGAAAACUUGAAGAUGCUACGGCAUCAGUUCGUUUAUGUUCUGCUAGUUCGAAUCCCUCUGACUCAUCAAAUCAAUAUAAUUGUACCAAUCAAAGAGCUCAAUCAUGCUCUCCAAAUAAUCAACAUACAUGUAUUAAAAUGUCAGGAGUGAAAUACUUGAAUGUUCAUGAAUUUGGUGGGUCGGGAGCCAUUGUUGCUCAUUUCAUGGCUCAUCGUUGGGCUGGUGUUGCUCUCUUAAAGUUUGAUCCAUCUGGAAGUCUGUUGUUCACUGCGUGUAAGCGGGGUCACUCAUUCAAUUUAUUUCGUAUUGCUAAUCAUCCGUUUGACGAGCGUCAAACUGCUGUACAUCACUUAUACAUUUUGGAACGUGGUAAUUUACCAUGUGAGAUUGUGGAUGCUACUUUCUCUCAUGAUUCUCGGUGGGUAGCUGUUAGCAGCAAUCAUGGGACUACACAUGUCUUCCCUGUUACUGCUUAUGGAGGUCCGAUCACUGUUCGUACACACACUCGACCUCACGUUGUGAAUCGUACUUCGAGAUAUCAUCGAUCAUCUGGUUUAGAAGAGUAUCAUCUAACCAGACCACAACCUGAGAGAAGUGCAGCUGAGUCAACUGGAUUUAGCAGUAACUCCUCUAGCAAUUCUAUCAAUAUUCCGUUCCACAUUCCCCAGUCUAGUUCUAUGAAGCAUCCUCAUACUAUCCGUAGUCAAUCGUCUGGUUUCGCAUCUGGUGUGUCUAGAGCAACUUCGAAUUUUUGUCAAACUGCACCAAUUGCAGGUUUUGCACCUCAGUGCCCUCAUCUAGGAUUCACAGCUUUUAUGACUCCUCUCAAAGAAACUCCUGACUGUUGUAUUAAUAAGGGGAGUUCCAAUUCCUCGUCGAUUCUUGCUGAUGAUUCAGCAUUGUCUGAUGCACCACUCUUUUUCACGCAUUCAAAUCCAUUUUCUACAGAAUCAUCCAGUAGUCUUCAUGUUUCUGAACAACCUACUAUGUUGUUUCUAAAUAGUGAAGGACUAUGUGCUUGUCCACCGAACGCGUUGUAUAACACUACUAAUUCUCGGUUGCCUCCCUAUCCUGAACCUUGUCGAGUUAAAGCUGAAGCAAGAUUGAAACCAUCUAGUGGUAGCAGUGUGACGUCUAUUGCUCGAGGCGCCGCCAGUAGUGCUUUUGAAGCUGUAACACCUAUGAAAAAUAUAAAUGCGGUAAUCGUUAAUCGUCACUUAUCAUCUGUUAAAUCAUGUUAUUCUGAUCCUAAUCAUGUCCACUGCCCUGAAGUUUGCACUUAUACACAGUUGCCAGUUAGUACAGCAUCUCGUUCUUCUUUUCAUUCACGCAAGCAUACUCGGCGUCACAGAAGUGGGCAAUCACUUCAAAAUUUGGAUCAAGAUAUGUCUAGUCCAACAAGUAAUAGUGUUAGAGCUGCACGUUUUGGACCUCCUGUAUGUUUCCUUCCUAAUCAACUUCGUCUAAAUAAUGUAUCUUCAGACUAUCGUAGCGACCCGUAUGUCGGAAAGUCUCGUGCUGUAGAUGCAUUAUUUAUUCUGACAGCCGACCUUCGCUUAAUAGAGUACGAUUUAUGUGUUAGUGCAGAUGAUACAGCUACAGUCGGUGGGAAAUUAUAUCAGGAUGGUUCGAUUCGUCUAGAUUGUGUAUCUGUUGGCGAAUGGAAUUUACAUACAGAUGCUGUGUACCUGCCUCCAUUUCCUAGACAGCAUCCACUUAUUUUAGCCUCGUCCACAAUUCAAGCAAGAUGUAAAACAAAUACGUUUAAAUCGGACUAUGCUUCUAAUUUAAAGAUGGAUGGUCGAAGUGAAUUUGCAUUAGAAUCUGAUAAAAAUCUGUCGUCCACCUCUACAAAUUACGAAAAGAUCAUAUCAACGUUGAAAUCCAGUUUACCCCCAACUAAUAGCAGUCAAAUGAAAUCUGGAUUGUUGGAAGUAAAAACAAACAUCGACGAUAAUAAUUAUGAUAGUAAUAAAGACAAGAAUGAUGAUGAUACAGAUGAUAAUGUUGUCACUCCUGCUGGAUGGACUGCUGAAGAUGUUGCUUCUUACUGGUAUAGUCAAGUUGAAAUAACUACACAUUUAGGACCUUUACGUCGUGUUUGGAUGGGUCCACAGUUUACUUUUCACACUUAUUCAAAACAACGUGAUUGGAGUGGUUGUGAUCUACGGUUUUCAUCAUUCAUUAGUUGUAGUUUUUCAGAUAAUAACAAUAUACCUAGUACCACACAAAUUGGCUCUACUGAAGGGAAUCUAAAAACAGCAUUACAUCCUACUCUUUUAGAAGCAUUCACAUUAAAUGCACCAAUUAUAUUACCUCCUAUAGUAGAUAUGACUAAUGAAUUAUUAAUUAAAGAUCGGUAUCCUGCCACAUUCAUACCAUCAUCACAUGGUUCCAAUAGUAGCUUAAAUAUGAUUCCAUAUCAAGGUUCUUCUUCAACAUGUACUUCCUCUGUUCAUGCUUUUAUUCAUCCGCAUCCUCAACAUCAUCCAAAUAUCGCUUUGGCCGCAAUUAAUCGUAAUACCACUUCGUCCAAAACAAUUAUGUUACCAAGACUACCAUCAGGUUUAUUAUUGGAUUCAAAUGCUAGUUUCAAUAGUGCACAGUUAAGAUGGCGUAAUUCGUCAGGUGAACAAACUCGUCCACUUAGUAUUGCUGGUGGUUUUGGACCAAGUGGUGAGGCGAUUGUAAUUGAAGGUGGUAAGUUGUGAUUGUUUUAAUAAUUUUUAUUAUUUUCGGUCUUUCAUUUUGAUAUUAGAUGUUUGCAGGUGAUCAACAUAGAAUCAAGGUUAUUGGACUUUUAAUGAAAAUCCUUUUACUUUGAUGUUCCACUAUUUAAUUUAGCAUCACAUUCAGAGUCUUUAUUAAUAAAUCCUUUUUGACUCAAUUAUAAAAAUGCGUUAUAUUGCUGAUAAAUGGUAACAAAUAUAUAAGGUUAAUUUUUGCUGAGUGAUUGCUAGUAGAUAUGGAAAAAUAGUUAACACUGCGUAAUAACCUGCUAAUAGUGUUAAAUAUACUCCACCAAUCAUCUGGAACUCAUCUAUUAUGUUCACAUGUCCAACUUCAUCACUCAUUGUGAAGCCGUUAUUUUUACCUCCCAAUUGUAAUUCAUUGAUAUAGAUUCAAUUUCUCAUAACUGACUCGACUUUAAGUGUAGAUUUUAAAACUUUCGUAGUAUUCAGGUUUUUUAAGCUUAGUUUUUGCACUUAUUGAAAGAGUAUUGACCCCAAAAUUUUGUAGAUUUCAGUUGAAUUAUUUGCUUUUUUUAAUAGCUAAGCUAUUUUUGAAUCCACUUCUUAGAUUCAGUCACUGAACGAUCGCUAUCGGUCUAUGUAAGUUGCUUUGGUUUCCAGUUGUUUGUUUAGAGAAUUUCCAUAGCGAAGGUGUACCAGCUAGAAUCUAUCUUUGUAUUAUGCUAUAUGUGUUUGUUCUUAUUUUAUCGUUUUUGAAGUAAUCAUUACAAUUGUUGCAGUUAAUUUUAUAGCCCAUUUAUGUUACUUUCUUUUGGUAUCUCAAUUUUAUUAUUCAAAUUUUGUAAGUAAUCUUUAUAAUAAUAAUAAUAAUAAUAAUAAUAAUAAUAAUAAUAAUAAUUUUCAUAUUAGUAAGGUGAGGUGAAUUCACUUCACUAGUUAAGUAUAGUUAAGUGUAUUAAACCUUGGAUUGCAUAUUAUAUGAAAAUGAUAGAUAUUAGCUGUUUAUUUGAAACAAAGUGAAUAGGCUUAAAUACAAAUCUGUUAAUAAUUAAAUAAUUGGACAAAUAGAAUUAAUUAAUUUGAAAGACAUUAUCUAAUUUCUUUACUGUUUUGGUCUCAUUAUUUAUAAGUUGUUAACUGCAAUUGUUAAUAUUUUCAGUAAAUAUACAUAAUGAAUUAUGUGUUGUGUUAAAUAGUAAAUAGAUAAAUAUUUCGUACUGUUUACUUUUUUUUUCUAUAAAGUGUAAUAUUCAGGUUAUGUAACAAUAAAGUUUGAGAUGAUUUUCACUUUUAGUAAAUAUGUUUAUAGUCCUUUCCUUCGUACUCCAAGUAACUUUUAAAAUUCACAUUGAUCGCUUUCAUUAAAAUAAAUGAAAAAAAGUUUUUCAGCUCUGGGAAUAUACUCUUGGUGAUAGAAUGUUCUAAUGUUUAAUGUGAAUGUUUUUUUUUAUAUUUUAUUUAAUUCAUUUUGUAUUGUUUGUUUGAAUCUUCCCAUUGAUGUUUAGGAUUGCAAUUGAUCAGUCUCUUAUUGGCGUCCUGGAUUCCAUUGUUAGCCAUCAUCCAUCUUUUGCUUAUAUUACAUUUAGUUUAUCAUAUGAACUUUUUUUUGUUGAUUCUGUUAUAAAAUCUAUUUUUCGGUAAAUUUGUUGAUAUUUUGACUUAUAUUGUCUAAUUAGAAAGUUAUUUGUUGUUCACUUCAGAGAAACGCUUUUUGCCAAUCUACUAGUUUUUUUACAUAAAAAAGAUCUGAAAUUAAAUAAAUUUCACUCGAAUAACUUGCUUUGAUGGUCGUAUGCUAGAAGUAUAUAUUGAAGUUGUAUCUGUAAUUGGUAAUUUGAUUGUAAUCAAUAUGGAGCAGGUUUAUGCGGACUACUGACUGUUAUUGAUAUCACGAACAAACCUAGUUGAGACAAACAUUAGAAACUAGAAUAGACUGGACAGCCGUUUCGUCGUAGAAUAGCUUGCAAUCUCGCGUCCAAGCACUCAACCUUUAGACCAUUGAAUCAAAAUCCAAUGUUGUAUUUAUCUAAUUUCAAUCAGUUAGCGAUAUUAUUUGACCUUAUUUCAUGGUCUUCAGUGGAUAACUGCCUCACUCUAUACGUUCAGUGGAUGUUUAACUUAGGUCCGUUCGUGAUAUCAGUAAAUCCUAAUCGUGAUUAUCUUUUUGGGAUGGAAAGAGUGUUUAUUAAUUGUACUUUAUAUCUAUUUGAGUACUAAGGCUGCUAUGUAACUGAAAGUUGGUUGGUUUUUUUUAACAAUUAGUUAUCAGUCGUUAUGCAUCUUUAUCAUUCUAUCUGUUGUUUUCUAUUCUUACUUUGAAAAAGGGAGUUAUCAAGACUCAAGUCUGGGUAGUUCUUUAUCUAGUUUAGUCGGUCGUGGUACGGAUGAUUUGGCUCAGUCGAUUGCUGAAGCUAUACAAGAUGAGGAAACUAACUGGAAUGUAGAUAAAAGUUCUACCAAUCUACCACAAUUGUCAACUGUUAACAGUAAUCGUGGUGUAUGGCAGUUCAGUGUUAAAUCUACUACCGUCUCACCGGGUUCAACUAAUAUUAGUGGAGGUAACGGUCCCGGAUUAUUUCGACUGCCUGGUACUGGUAAUAUUCCAGUUCAUUCGGUAUUAACAGAAGCUGAUUUCCCCAGUCAAGAUACUUCACCAUCAUCAGCUAUGGAUAAUUUUUCACCAAAACAUGAAUUGUUAGAUAAUUCACUAAUUGAGAUGAACAAAAAAUCUAAAAAAAAUAAGACAAAGAAAAACAAUACAAACAUUUAUCCAAAUGAAAAUGUAUCAUCGGACGUUAAUUUAUUGACAAAUAAAAGUGUUAAACGGAAACAUGGUAAAAAAAAGUCAAAAAUGAAACGUCAUUCUGUUGUCAUUAGUGAUGAGUUCACUGCUCCAACUUCAGCAGUAACAAUAACAAAUCUUUAUCCAUCAGGUUAUGAAAGUCUAAGCAAUUCACCAGUAAUUCAAAAUUUGUAUUAUAAUUCUUCAAAUUUAUCAACAUUUUCAUUACCAGGUGAUUUACAAGUCAAUACAACAUAUGACAGUGAUAAUAAUAUGAUGAUGGCUAGUAGUCUAUCCAAUCUUCCUUAUAAUCAAAAUUCAUUAAUCGACAAUGAGAAGAAUAUCAAAUCAAGUAUGGAAACAUUUCAAAUUGAAGAGAAUUCACAAAAUAAAGUGGAGAAUUCUAACGAGAUAAAAACUCUCAGUGCUGUUAGUGAUGAUGAGAAUGAUAAAAAUUGAUAGGCAAAAAAACUGGACAAACUGAUGAAAGCGAUGGAUAGAAUUAUCAACCAAUAUUUAAUUCAUAGUAAUAAUUAUUCAUGAAGCUCUGUGUCAUAUGAAGAAACUUUUAAUGAAUCUUAUGAUGUAAUAAUUGAAUAAUAUAACACACAUUUGCAUAGGAUGGAUAAUUUUUGUUCUAAUAUAAAAUUGUAUCCUCUUCUAUCGAAACAUUAUGAGUCAUAACAACUACACGUUCGAUUAAUAUUUCAUUUAUUCACAUCUAUGUUUAUGUACCCAGGUGCUAUUUUUCUACUAUUUAGAUGUAAUGCCUCUUUUUUGAAUUUAGGAUUUCAUUUUUAUCCGCUUCCUCCAAUUUCCAUUCAUUCUACAAUAAAACACUUCAAAAUAGAAAAGAGGUAAACAGAUUUCUGUUCAUUUUAAAGUCAUUCUCUUUUGAUUAUUUCGCUCCUAUCAAUCAAGCAAAAUACUUCUUGAUAAUGACUAACGCUACCGUUAUUUGUUUAUUUUCUCGAAUUGCUUUUUUCCCCACCAUAUUAACAAAACAACACAUUCAUCCACACCGAUAACCUUUAUUUUGUUUUGGUAUUUUUCUGUUAUGUAUAUGUGUAUGUCGGUAUUAUUCUUCUUUGCUUUUUGUCCCCGGUAACGGUUAAAACAUGUAGCCUGAUAUUCCCUCUUUCUCUUCGUAUGCACACAAAUUUACUUAUCUAUAAAAUACGUAAUAGACAAAAUAUAUUCGAAAGUGUAAUUAAUAUCUCUUGAACGUUUCUUUCCCACUCCUUUAUUUCUUUUGUGCGCCAGAAUAUCUGUUUUACUACAUUUUAAGGUUUCUUUAAAAGUAUACAGAGAUUGAUAAUAAUACUAUUGUCAUUCUAGCAAAUAUAUAAAAGAUAUACAAUA